UUUUUCUUGCUCGUUGCCGUCUGUAGCUGUUCUGGGCGGAUGCGUGUUCUGCUUGCGGCCCUUCAUAUUGUUAUUUUCUGGGAGUUCGAGUGACGCUCUGUCGCAAUCUGGUUGCGGAAGUGAAGCGCUUUCGUUCGUUACCUGCCCAUCGGCAGGUGGCGUUUAGAUUUGUGGGACUACCAAUCGUCCGGGUCAACGUUACCAGAAUAGCAGACGCCGGACAGGAACCACCCGGCCGUUAUCGGGAGCAGGUGCUUCUCCCUGGCUUGAAGUCAGGUAUCCGUUUGGUGACAACAUUGGUGAAGGCUAUUGUUACCAAUGGAGCAAGAGUCCAGCAAGGAUGAGAGCUCCGGCCACCAAUCCGAACAACCUGCUGGUGGCACUGCAAUUGAAGCAGCGUCUGAAGAGGAGAGUAAGGACAAGUAUGAACCACCAAAGUUGGAUGAGUACGGUGAUCACUACUACUCAACCAAUGCACCUCAUCCAGACCUGGUGAGAGCAUGUGAAGAUGACGACGUGGAAAAAGUCCGACAAACCGUGGAUAUCGGCACUCCAACUGAACCUGUGACUAGACCGGAUCUCUUGGAACAAGUGCCGGAGUCAUACUUUUCAUACCGGUAUGAUGAGUAUAGCAGAAUUCCCAUGACAAUCAUGGCUCUUCUGAUGCUGGCAGCAUGCUACUAUGGCAGCAUUCAUUGUGUCCAGUUUUUACUGUGGUGUAAUCCGUCGCUCUUGCACGGCAAAGUUAUGUUCAUCGUCUAUACAGAGCCACGGCAGAAGAGCGAACCAGUAUCACUUCUACAUGUCUGCGCGUUCCGUGGACAUAAAGCACUGUGUGAGCUGCUGGUAAAACAUGGUGUCGAUGUUAAUGUCCAAGAUGAGGAUGGUCGGACACCACUCCACUAUGCAGCAAAGGAAGGUCAUGUGUCCGUACUAGAAUAUCUACUUAAUGCUGGACACCCAUUGGAAGCGAAAUCUUCGAAUGGUUGGACACCAUUACUCCAUGCAGCAUGGAAUGGUCAUGUUUCCGUAGCAGAACAUCUACUUAAUUCCGGGCAUUCGUUGGACUCAAAGGAUAAUGCUGGUUCCACACCAUUACAUUUUGCAGCAGAGAAUGGUCAUGUUUCUGUAGUAAAAUAUCUUCUCACUUCUGGACAUUCGUUGGAACCAAAGAAUAAUGUAAGUCAUAUUAUCCGUGAUGCAUUCUCGUUUGUGUAUGAGAAGAAAAAAGAAAUACGCAGGUGA